GAACUCGGGGAGAUGAUUCUAGGAAAAUGUCGUUAUUUUUGUUAUUAACUAAAAAGCGAAAUAUGUGUUAAUCUUGUUGUAACAAAUACAUAAGAUACAUUUCAAUUCAAGGAACCAAUUUACGCCUAGAGGUAAAUUGUUUUGGAACAUGUUUGUUCCUGACGCGGCAUCAUACCUCAGUGGGAGCGACUUGGCAUUAUGACGUGCACUGUGACGUUUUUUUUGCUACCAGGAAACGAAUGUAAACAAUCGGAAGAGAAACGCGAAAGCAUUCGCAUAAUUCUACAAAAAAAAUCUCUCGAUGCUGGGUGCUAAAUACGAUUUUGCAGCACUGGGCGAAAUGGGGUUAGCUGGAAUAUAUGAUUGCCAAUUCUAGAAAAGGUUUAACGCAGUAGCUAGGACUGAGGCAGGCUAAUCGCUCGAUAAACCGACACACAUCCACUUCGGGGUGCAGAGAAUUUGCAACAAGCUGAUGACAUGUCGGCAGACUGUUCUUCUGCCAACCAGGAAGAACCUAAUGCUGUUGUUGGAAACAUAUUGGUGCAGUUAUAGGUCCAGGCAUGUUUGCCAUAAGGGCACCUGAGGAGGAGUCCUCAGAGAUGGUGGAGGAGAUGGACACGUCAGAGGCUGUCUGGUGCUGGUAUUACCUAGCUGAAUGUGGAGUGUGGCACAUGUUUGAGAUUGAUCCAAGUGCUGCAUGCUCUGUGACCAGUGAGCAGAUAGAACAGAAUUACAGCAGGAAUCAACACGGUGUCAUGGAGUUUUACACCGCCAAGUACACCUACAGACUGGACUUCUCAGUCAUGAAGCAGAUCAAUGUCACAACCGGGAAACAACGGCCAAUCAAACGGGCAUUCCACUCUGCCACUGGCUUUAGGUUCAUUUGUGAUAAUCUGGCCCUGCCGGUGCCCUGCCACUGGGAGAGAAUAAAUACAGACGAGCCUUAUCAGCUCGUCUCAUUGGCCAGAGAUACUUAUGAAUUCAAGGAAGUGGUCAGACUCUAUGAAAGGACCAUGUGUCACCCUAUCAAAUCUAUUCAGAGGAUACAGAACCUGGAUCUGUGGGAGUUCUUUUGCAGGAAAAAACAACAAUUGCGCAAGAUAAAGCGAGUUGUGGACAUUGAGGAGAAAAUGUUAUUUCAUGGCACAGGCCACAGCAACGUGCAGGCUAUAUGCACAUAUAACUUUGACUGGCGGCUAACUGGGAGCCAUGGGGACGUCUAUGGCAGAGGGAGUUAUUUCGCCCGAGACGCGAAGUAUUCUAGCAAAUUCUGCCUUACGACGGGGAAACAUAACUUUGCCUUGCAGAAGCACGGACUAGCCCCGCCGAUAUUUUCAAGCGAGCCUCCAUAUAAGACCAUGUUCCUGGCCAGAGUGCUGGUCGGCGAGUCCACGUUAGGCAAUCCGCUGUUCUGCCGACCGCCAUCCAAGGACAUGAGCUACAGCAACUUCUUUGACAGCUGUGUGGACGACCUCGCCAACCCAAAGAUCUACGUCAUCUUCGACUGCAACCAGAUUUACCCAGAGUAUCUCAUUGAGUUCUACUGACGCCUAUGGGGUGAUCAGGGACGUUAUCACACAAUGUACAGGGGUGGAGUUUUUUUCUUCCCAGGACGGGAUUGGGAUUCAGAGACAUCAGGGGAGGGGGUCGAGAGAGGAGGGACUUAAUGGACGCCCAUGAUGACUUCCCGCUGUUUGAUUCAAGGCCUGACUGGGACUUGGAUCAUAAGAUGUGCCUUAAUGGAUUACUAUGGCAGAACAAGGAAGACCAUACAAGAGGACUAUGUUUCUAUAAAAGCUGUAGAGUUCGUAAAGAGUGGUUUGUCUAUUUACUAUGUUUAGAGACUUGUGGGUCGGAGAGGGCGAGAGGUGGCGUCUUUGAGAAACAGAAAAGUAACUGCACACUGUUUGAGCGUUCCCGAAAUGGAUUAGCAAUGUUUCAAGGCAGGAUCACCUUGUGUUGUCGAAACGUUGUGAAUACGUUUCGGGAGCGUUCUAACAGUGUGCAGGUAUUCUUUUUUCUUUUCCUUUGACUGUUUGGGUCCAACAUGACCAUAGUCAAACAAAGCUAAAAAGUGCAACACACUUCUAAUGAGGAUGUAGACUGAAUAACUACUUUGGUGGCCAGGAUGCAAUAACUCACUAUUACAAGUGAAGUCGCCAACAUAAAGUAAACAAAUGUUUGACUUGCCCUACUCCUGUAUACAAGGACCUGAUUUCAUAGAUAGACAUUGAAUAAGUAGGUAUAUCCAAACGUUUGACUGGUACUGUGUAUAAGGGAUAUAUUCAUUGUAACUGUACAGUAAUCUGCUCAUGUAAUAUUUUCUACAUUGUAGAAUAAUAGUGAAGACAUCAAAUCUAUGAAAUAACACAUGGAAUCAUGUAUUAACCAAAUAAGUGUUAAACAAAUCAAAAUAUAUUUUAGAUUAUUCUAAGUAG